UUUGUCUGAAUCUACACCAAAAGUGAAAUCAGCUCCAAACUGGCUGGAUAAAGUGAUAUGUCGACCACAUGAUUCAAAUCUGUGGCAGUGUCCAUCUUCACCCUGGGGACAGAACUACUGUAAUGAAUAUGAAGUGGCCAAAAUCAUCUGCUCAAUGGAGGAAAAUCCUGAAUCUCCUCAGAGUCGUCUGACAUGUUCUACCUCACCAUCUCCUCACCAGAGACAGUGUUCAAAGCAUGCUCCUCUCAGACUGAGUGGAGGGGAGGGCCGGUGCUCUGGGAGGCUGGAGGUGUAUCAUAACGCUGUGUGGGGCUCAGUCUGUGAUGAUCUGUGGGACAUCAGCGAUGCUCAGGUGGUCUGCAGGCAGCUGGGUUGUGGAGCAGCACUGAGGGCUGAUGGGAAUUCAGUCUUUGGUGCUGGUGAAGGUGUUGUGUGGCUGAACAGAGUCGAGUGCAGAGGGAAUGAGAUUCACCUGUGGGACUGUCCUCUCUCCCUGAAGAACCACACUGACUGCUCCAAAAAAGAUCACGCUGGACUCACCUGUGCAGAUUUGUCCGUGUCCACUACUCCUGCCACAACAACAUCAUCUUCUCCUUCAGUUUCUCAGACAGUGAGCUCAACAUCAGUCUCUCCUCCACAAACUCCUCCAGCAGCGUCUCUCUCUGUGCUUGUGAUUGUACUGGGAGUUGUGCUCUUACUGCUCUUAGUGCCACUGCUUAUACUGAUUCAGCAGAACAGAGUGAUGAGGAGAGGUAGGAGAGAUCCAGAGACUGUCAUAUUGUGUCUUAUUCAGUGUCAUGUGUUGUGAACUGACAGCAGGUUU